AUGGAUCUGAGGAAUUUUAUUAUAUAUUUAUAUAUAUUGCAGAAAUUCCUUAUCCUGGUAGUUUGCAGUUUGGCCCUGGCCGCCGCCGAUGUGUCGCAUCUCUUGGGACACGACCACCACCACGAUCACCACGAACAUCAUGACCAUCCUGGCUAUAACUACGACCCACCAAGCAUUCCCUUCGACCUGCCCACUCCUGCUCCGGCCUAUUUGCCUCCGGAGCCAGUGACCGAGCGCGUGAUUGCCCCAGUUCCCAGCUAUCUGCCACCCAAGCCCGUGACCCAGCCUCCGCCAGUGUAUCUGCCGCCCGCGACUGUGAAGCCUGAGAUUCCGGUGGUGAGGACUCCCAAGCCAUCUUACCUGCCUCCUCCCCCACCAGUUGUGAAGGUCAACCCACCGAAGCCUGCCUAUCUGCCUCCUCCCCCACCGGUGGUGUAGGUCAACCCACCCAAGCCCGCCUAUCUGCCUCCUCCUCCACCAGUUGUCCGAGUGGAUCCACCUAAGCCUGCCUAUCUGCCACCUGUUCCUGCUCCCGCUCCUGUGGUUGAGCAGCCCCGCUAUGUGGCUCCAUCGGUGCCCAGCUUCAAGAUCCCGAUCCCCUCGUAUGCCGCACCCCUGGAGGAGCCUGUGAACAGCUACCUGCCGCCCCAGGAGAUCGUGGAGUCCAAGAGCGAGGAUGGCUAUCACUACGAUGCCCCUGCCCAGCCGUUCCUCUUCUAA